AUGCCAACGUCUGUGCAGGAAAAAUCCGCGCUUGUCACUGGCGGUGGCUCAGGUAUUAACUUGUGCUUUGUCCGUAUACUCCUAGACAAUGGAUGUUCGGUCCUCAUUGCCGAUCUCAAAUUGCGACCCGAAGCUCAACAACUCCUGAAGCAAUAUCCGUUCCCUGGCAUCGACGGUAAAGCUGGGGUGUUGUUUCAAGAAACCGACGUUACAUCUUGGCCACAGUUGACGGCUGCUUGGGAGAAGGCCUUGAAGAAGUUCACAAUUGUCGAUAUUGUCGUUCCAGGAGCCGGUCUGUUCGAGCCUCAAUGGUCCUCCUUCUGGGAACCACCCAGAACUGAGAGUAACAAAGAUAGUGUUUCUCGAGAUGAUACCAAUGCGGAACCUGGACACUAUGCAGUCUUGGAUGUGAACUUGGUAUCUCCCAUUCGGCUCAGUCAGCUGGCUAUCGGGCAUUGGACAAAGACGAAGCAGAAGGGAUGCCUUGUACAUGUUGGCAGCAUGGCAGGUUACUUAGCCGGCAUAGCAACGCCCUUGUACUUUGCGAGUAAGCAUGGCUUGCAUGGGUUUGUGAGAGCAUUGGGGGGAUUGCGUGAUGAACUCGGUAUUCGAGUCGGCUGUAUUGCUCCCGGCGCAGUAGAGACUCCUCUGUGGCAUGAAGACCCAACCAAAGCAGUCAUGCUAGACGAGGAUACAGUUCUGCUAGAUCCUCAAGAAGUGGCUCAAGGCAUGUGGCAACUUGUCGUUAACCCAGAGUAUGGAAAUGGCACCAUCCUCGAAGUGGCCAAGGGGGAAACGAGAGUUGUACCACUUUUCAAUGCACCAGUUCCGACAGGUGAAGGCAUUGUGGUACCUGGGUAUGAAGCUUCUAAGGACGCUCUGUAUGCGAAGCUGAAAAAGGAGGGCUUGAACGUAUGA